CGCGCGCGGGCGCGCGCGGCUGUUCCCCCCCCCGCCGCCGCUCCCCCCGCCGCCGCGCUGCGUCUCCCCGAGCCCGCAGCGAUGGAGGUGCUGAACCAGCUGGUGGCCGGGGGCCAGUUCCGGGUGAUCAAGGAGCCGCUGGGCUUCCUGAAGCUGCUGGAGUGGCUCUUCUCCAUCUUCGCCUUCGCCACCUGCGGCAGCUACUCGGGCUCCUUCGGCCUGAGCGUCGAAUGUGCCACCCGCAACGAGAGCGACCUCAACAUCGCCGUGGACUUCGGCUACCCCUUCAGGCUGCACCAGGUGUACUUCCUGGCCCCCACGUGCCAGGGCACCGAGAGGGGCCACCAGGAGAAGGUGUUCCUGGUGGGCGACUACUCGUCGGCCGCUGAGUUCUUCGUCACCGUGGCCGUCUUCGCCUUCCUCUACGCCCUGGGCGCCCUCGGCGUCUACCUCUUCCUCGACAGCAAGUACCGGGAGAACAACAAGGGGCCCGUCAUCGACCUGGUGGCCACGGGGGUGCUGGCCUUCCUGUGGCUGGUGAGCUCCUGCGCCUGGGCCAAGGCGCUGGCGGACAUCAAGGAGGCCACGGCGCCCGCCGGCGUCCUGGCCGAGCUGCCGGGCUGCCGGCGCCCGGGGGCCCGCUGCCGCGGCCUGCGCUCGCCCGUCACCUCCGGCCUCAACACCUCCGUGGUCUUCGGCUUCCUGAACCUGGUGCUGUGGACGGGCAACCUCUGGUUCGUGUUCAAGGAGACGGGCUGGGGGGGGCCGUGGGGCCGCGGCCCCCCCGCCGGCGCCCCCGAGAAGCCGGCGGCCCCCGAGGGCGGCUACGGGCAGCCCGAGGGCGGCUACGGGCAGCCCGGCGGCUACCAGCCCGACUACGGCCAGGGCGGCUACGGCCCCCCCGAGGGGGGGUACGGCCAGGCCGCCCCCACCUCCUUUGCCAACCAGAUGUAG